UCGAUCCUCGAGCCCUCUUCACCUCCCUUCACGCCCAGGAUUUCCCGCGACCGCGCUCCAGGGAAUCUUUCAGUCGGAAAUCCGCGCCGACGACAUCGGAACCGAUUACGUGGAAAAUCUGGCCCCUCGCUGCUGCGUAACCCCGCGCUAAGCCCGUCAGGGUCCAGCGCUGUCCCGAUCGCGCGUGAGAUCGCGCCAUUGGUGGCAGGGGACGCCAUUGGCUCGUUCCUGACCCGUGCCAUGGCUUCCGUGCAUGCCGGCAGACCUCUGCUCGACGACUUCGAGUCGUCUGAUGUCGACUUCCCUGUCAAAAACGCCGCUUUUGUAUCCUUACGGGCGCUGGAGGAUGGCGAAGACGAGUUUGACGACGUCUUGGAGCUGAGUCCGCGGCGUGGCUUUUGGAAACGGUUCCUCAUGUCGGUUAGAAGAAGGCGGAAUGGGACCGACAGCGAGCCGGAGGGAACGCUGAGGCUGCCGGUUGAGGAGACGAAGGGGACGCAGUGGGGGAAGUGGAGAUGGAAGAGAUUGGGGAUCAAGGCUGCGCUGGGGCUGUUUGCGUUCGCAAUAUUCUUCUUCGGCAUCGUUCACCUCAUCAACGUCUUCUCAUCCAUGGUCAACUUAUUACGAGACGAUUCUGACCCUUUCCCCCCCAGCUGGGCUCCGCUCCCCCAAUUCCGACCAGGACACGAGCUAGAUAUUACCGACCUCACCCGGGAUGUCACGCCCAUCCACUGCCAUUCCCACAACGACUACUGGCGGAGAAUCCCGCUCUACGACGCCCUCCGCUGGGGCUGCACCGGCGUCGAAGCCGACGUCUGGCUCUUCGACGACGAGCUCUUCGUCGGCCACAAGACCAACGCCCUCACCAGGGACCGCACUUUCCGCUCCAUGUACGUGGACCCGCUGGUGCGGAUUCUGGACAGCCAGAAUACCAUCAACGAGAUCGCGACUUCGUCCGACGCCGCUAAGUACGGCGUCUACGAGGUGGAUCCCACGCAAACCCUCGUCCUCCUAGUCGAUUUCAAGAACUCGGGCCACGACACCUACCCCGUGGUUGCACAGCAACUAGCCCCGUUCCGCGAAAAGGGCUACCUCACCUACUUCGACGGCGAAUCCACGAUCCCCGGGCCCAUCACCGUCGUAGCAACCGGCAACGCGCCGUUCGAUCUCAUCACCGCGAACUCCUCCUACCGCGACGUCUUCUUCGACGCCCCGCUAGACCGGCUGUACGAAGAGCCGCUAGACUACGACUCCCCGCCCACGCUCGAGCUGCAGAAGCAGAAGCCCGGCGCUGCAGCUCUCCCGAGCCGGCGCAACUCCGGCCAGGGCACCGUCGGCACAGACGACGACUCAAUCUUCGACCUGACAAACUCCUACUACGCAUCCGUCGACUUCAAGAAAGCGGUCGGCUGGGCAUGGUGGGGCCGCCUGUCCGACCACCAGAUGAAGCUGAUUCGGGGCCAGAUCCAGGGCGCCAAGAAGAGGGGGCUGAAGUCGCGGUAUUGGGGUGCGCCGAAGUGGCCGGUUGGGCUGCGCAAUCAUGUCUGGGAAGUGCUCGUCCGUGAGGGGGUGGACUACCUGAAUGGAGAUGACCUUCGAGCGAUGACGAGACUCGACUGGAGUAAGAAGAAGCAUUGGGGGUUGCUUGGGUAGAUGGAGGGUUAGUUGCAUGGCGUGUUUGGCGUUUUGGGCGUGCGUGGUAGAUUGGGCAUGGCGUUUUGAGCGCAUUGCAUUAGCGAUGGAUGAUGGCAUGAAUACGCGUGCAUGGAAAGCUCCAUGGCAUUGGUGAAGCAGCAUGAUACCCGACCAAACGCGGGAUGAGAUGGGAUUCGGGCGGUCAAAUGAAUGGCAUAGACGCAACACAAUACACCCACCUAUGGACCCCCUCUUCAGAAUCCAUGUCACCCGUCCUCUUUAUACCUUGACACCACUUCGGCCA